UGUCGGGAACAAAACACUAUACGCUAUAACCGACGAGAUGCCGCGGCAACGCGACCAACGGUCAUGUAACGCUGAGAGAGUUUCUUUCGGAAUGAUUUUCAGAUGAUGGGGUUUCCUAUUGGAUGCCGGAUGUGUUCCAAAAGGCGUUCGCAAGGGGAAGAAUUCCGCUAUCUUAUCGACGAGUGUCCAAUCAGCAUGGAGUAUAUGAAAUUAAUCCGGUUCUACGGCGCAAGCUUCAAGCAGUAUAAAAUUGACCAGUCACAGUCGAGUGUGAGAAGAAUGAUAGAUUGUGAUUGGUCAAUUUCUUAUGGUUUAAAAUUUGCUCCACUUAUCGUGGAUCCGGGAUAAUUCGAAAGUGUAUGUAACAUGUGGCGUCUGGUUUACAUGUUAUACACAUAACCUUUCUGAUGUAUCACGUGGUCACAUUUAAAACGUUAUCAAAUCUGUGUAUAUGUUUUGUUCAAGUGCGUCUGAAUUUUUAAGCAGACGCAAUGCCGAAAGUUCGCACGCAAGUUACUGCCCGUGUUCACAAAGAAGUGGCGAGACAAGGGAUCUCGUUUAAUAAAGAUUUUGGCCAGCACAUUUUGAAGAAUCCCUUAGUUAUACAAAGUAUGGUCGAAAAAGCUGCGCUCAAGCCAACCGAUGUUGUAUUGGAGGUUGGCCCUGGCACAGGCAAUAUGACAGUAAAACUACUAGAGAAGGCGAAGAAAGUUGUAGCUUGUGAAGUCGACCCGAGAUUGGUAGCGGAGUUACAAAAACGUGUCCAAGGAACGGUGUACCAAUCAAAGUUACAAAUAAUAGUCGGAGAUGUGCUAAAAACAGAUCUACCUUUCUUCGACUUGUGUGUCGCCAAUAUACCGUACCAGAUAUCGUCACCACUAGUUUUUAAACUACUCUUGCACAGGCCACUAUUCAGAUGUGCCGUGCUUAUGUUUCAAAGAGAAUUUGCGGAACGGUUGGUAGCCAAACCUGGUGACAAAUUGUACUGUCGCUUGAGCAUCAAUACGCAAUUAUUGUCACGAGUGGACAUGCUGAUGAAAGUCGGAAAGAAUAAUUUCAGACCGCCACCCAAGGUAGAAUCGAAUGUGGUGAGAAUCGAGCCGAGAAACCCACCACCACCAAUCAAUUAUCAAGAGUGGGACGGUCUGACGAGAAUCGCGUUUCUGAGGAAGAAUAAGACCCUCUCCGCGGCCUUCAAGCAAACUACAGUCACCACUAUGUUGGAGAAGAACUACAAGAUCCAUUGUUCUUUGAAUAACAAGAAUAUUCCGGACGAUUUUGAUAUCAAGCAAUUGGUAAGCCGCGUUUUGGAGAAGAUAGGGGCGGAGAGUAAACGAGCCAGGACUAUGGACAUUGACGAUUUUAUCAGCCUUUUACAUACAUUCAACGCGGAAGGCAUACAUUUCACGUAAAUUAUGACGUUAGGUUAUUUGUUGAUAACCCGAGAAUUUUUGUAGGAAAAUGUACAAACAAAUAUAUUUUACUA